GGUCCCUAUAUAUACAUCAGCAUUGAAAAUUUGAAACAAUCACACAACCAUAAAAAGAAGCUUGUCCUUUCUCUUUACUCGAACGAAAUGGCAAUGGUGAGAGAGAGGUGUGCCUGGUGUGGACUACAGAUGCAAGUUCCUAUCCAGGCACAGAGCGUGGUUUGCCCCGGCUGCAGAACUGUCAUUGUGCUGCGGCAGAGAAACGCCCCCAUGAGAUACGACUACAACCCUUAUCAGAUGAUGCAACCAUCAUCAUAUGUACCUGCAGCUCAGAGUAGGAGACGUGCCGUUCUGUGUGGUGUCACCUAUCGAGGCCACAAGAAGAGUCUCAAAGGCAGCAUUAACAACGUCAGAUCCAUGUGUUAUCUUCUGGUCUCUAAAUUGGGAUUCCCACCUUCAUCUGUACUUGUCCUCACAGAGGAUGAGAGAGACCCCUAUAGGACCCCAACCAAAGCAAAUAUCAGAGAAUCCUUAAACUGGUUGGUACGAGGCUGCCAGCCAGGAGACUCAUUGGUGUUCUACUACACCGGACAUGCCUCACAAGUUCCUGACAGUGAUGGCGAUGAGAUUGAUGGGAUCGACGAAUCAAUUUGCCCUCUCGACUAUGAUACAGAGGGGAAGAUACUAGACGAUGAAUUGAAUGCUAAACUUGUAAGGCCAUUAACUCGUGGAGUCACACUUCACGCCAUCAUGGACACCUGUUUCAGUGGAACCUCCAUGGAUCUGCCCUUCUUGUGCAGAAUGACCAGGGAUGGGUAUGUCAAGUGGGAAGAUCACAGGACACCGUACAGCAACAUAUACAAAGGAACUAGUGGAGGAACAGCGAUAAGUAUCAGUGCCUGUGAUGAUGAUCAGAACUCCGCAGACACUACAGCUUUCACUGGAAGUGCAAUAGGUGCCCUAACUUAUGGUUUCAUCAAAGCUUUAGAUGAAGAGCUGAAAUUGACAUAUGGUCGAUUACUUGGGUCGCUGCGUAACCUAAUCAAUGAAGUGCAGACGGGAGCAUUCCCAAAUGAUAGAGCUGCUGCACCACCACAGGUGCCUCAAUUGUCAUCUUCAGAGAGGUUCGACGUUCACUCCAAGAUAAUGACUCUUUAGGACUUCUGAUUGUAAUAUUCAACUACAUAUAAGCAGGAACAUGGUGUGAUCUUAACAUCUUAUAAAAUUGUAAUAACAGCUCCUUCCUUUAUGUAUUUAUGUAUGGC